AUGUCUGCCGCCCGUCUCCGACGAGUCCAGAAGGAGAUCAAGGCGUGCCAGCAGGACAAGGAGUCGCAGAUUGCCAUUGAGCUGGUUGAUGACAGCCCCUUCCACCUCAUCGGCUCGUUCCCCGGACCAGCCGAAACCCCCUAUGAAGGCGGAUACUACGAGGUGGACAUUGUCAUCCCAGAUGCGUACCCUUUCGAGCCUGUCAAGAUGAAGUUUAUUACCAAGGUGUACCACCCCAACGUCUCGUCGGCAAGUGUAAGUAACGACCUGCCAGGCGCCGAGCUGAUCCCCCAGGGCGCGAUCUGUCUGGACAUUCUCAAGGACAAGUGGUCACCAGUGCGUGCUGUCGAUGUCACACGCCAAGUCCACAGCCCUAACAUCCAGGUCCUCACACUCAAGUCGACACUCAUCUCGCUGCAGUCGCUGCUCUGCAGCCCAGAGCCCAACGACCCGCAGGACGCCGAGGUGGCCAAGCACUUCCUGGCCUCGCGCGAGAGCUUCAACGCUACCGCGAAGCACUGGGCCGAGUCGUACGCCAAGGCCCCGCCUACAAAGGUCAAGGGCGGACGCGCUGCUACCGACGCCGAGCUCGCCGGUCUGUCAGAGGACAGCGUCGUCAAGUUCACCGACAUGGGCUUCCCUCGCGCCCAGGUUAUCGCAGCUCUCAAACAGCUCAACUACCGCGGUAACAAUGUGUCCAAUAUCAACGAGAACACUGUCAUCGAGUCUCUCCUCAAGUGA